AUGAUUCUGUUGAUAUAUUUUCUAUCUCUUCAUAUCUAUCUAUCUAUCUAUCUAUCUAUCUAUCUAUCUGAGUCUAUUCAUAUAUUUUCUUUUUAUCUAUCUAUCUAUCUAUCUAUCUAUCUAUCUAUCUAUCUAUCUAUCUAUCUAUCUGAGUCUGUUCAUAUAUUUUCUGUCUCUUCAUAUCUAUCUAUCUAUCUAUCUAUCUAUCUAUCUUAUCUGUUCAUAUCUAUCUAUCUAUAUCUAUCUAUCUAUCUAUCUAUCUAUCUAUCUAUCUAUCUAUCUCAGUCUGUUCAUAUCUAUCUAUCUAUCUAUCUAUCUAUCUAUCUAUCUAUCUAUCUAUCUAUCUAUCUAUCUGUACCGGUAUUUCGCGCUAUGACUUCUUUUAAGCAACCUAUCUAUCUAUCUAUCUAUCUAUCUAUCUAUCUAUCUAUCUAUCUAUCUAUCUAUCUAUCUCUUGGGCGUAUUUGUGCAAAUAAACAAAUAACCUACUAUCUAUCUAUCUAUCUAUCUAUCUCAUUCUCAGGCACUUUCUUCUCGUUCGAUCAUAUCACUCAAGGCUUGAGUCUGUUUGAUCCUCCUGGGAACCUGAUGGCCAGAUUUUAUGACCAGCACAAAUGCAUUUUAAUCACGGAUCUUCUUGACUGCCAUCGGAGAGGACUGUCCCUUGAGAUCAUAUUCUGCGUACAGCCUGUCCGAAUAGGAUUCACUUAA